GUGCCAGCGCUCCCCUGCUCCCGGCUCCCGGCUCCCGGACUCCCAGCGCGCUCCUUCCGAGUCGGCUUCGUUAGCUCCACCCGCGGUGCUUGGUCCUGCCUCGGAUUCGAGAUGCCCGUCUGGGGAGGUGGAAACAAGUGCGGCGCCUGCGGGAGGACUGUGUACCAUGCGGAAGAGGUGCAGUGCGACGGAAGAAGCUUCCACCGCUGCUGCUUCCUGUGCAUGGUUUGCAGGAAAAAUUUAGAUAGCACCACGGUGGCAAUUCAUGAUGAAGAGAUCUACUGCAAAUCCUGCUACGGAAAGAAGUAUGGGCCAAAAGGGUACGGUUAUGGCCAGGGUGCUGGUACGCUCAACAUGGACCGGGGCGAGAGGCUGGGCAUCAAGCCAGAGAGUGUUCAACCUCACAGGCCUACAACAAAUCCCAACACUUCUAAAUUUGCUCAGAAAUAUGGAGGUGCUGAGAAGUGUUCCAGAUGUGGGGAUUCCGUUUAUGCUGCUGAGAAGAUAAUUGGCGCGGGAAAGCCCUGGCACAAAAACUGUUUCCGAUGUGCCAAGUGUGGGAAGAGUCUUGAAUCAACGACUCUGACCGAGAAAGAAGGUGAAAUCUAUUGUAAAGGAUGCUAUGCAAAGAACUUUGGGCCCAAGGGAUUUGGCUAUGGCCAAGGAGCAGGAGCGCUUGUUCACGCUCAGUAACAGUGUGAACCUGCAACGCAGAUCACACAUUGAGAAUCUCUACAUAAUCUAGGCACAGAUAAUCUAACACUAAACUACUGUGAAACUCUACCAGCAUUUACGUACUGUACAUUGCCCUCUACUUGGAUAGGCUGGCUUACUCGUAGGAAGAGAGCACUCUAUCCUUUUGCUUUAUUCAUCAGCAUUUUCAAGAACCAUUUCUUUUACAUCUUAAAUAAAUCUGCAGCUUGAUUUGGGUGUUCAGUA